AUGAAAGUGUUAGUAUCGUCAGAUGAUACGGGAGGCGCGAAGCUAGCGAUUUUUAAAAGGGGUACAGAUACUUCCAAACAGGAUGCUAUACAACCCGAAGCAAUUACGAAUUGUUUGAUACAACCAUAUUCUAAUUAUGGGUCAAGGAUAAUACAUUUGUUGAACUACAAUUAUCAGUAUCUCAUUGCCUCAAGGUAUGGUGGGAUCUUGUCCAUAUUUGAUUUUGAGGAAAAAGAAGAGAAAGAAAACGAUAAAGCAAAUAAGGACGAUGCAAACGAAGAGACACUAUUUGAGCAUUUGCAUGAUUAUAGAAUACCUGUCGAAAAGGACGACAAACCCGUGGCAUUGGUAAAAGCAGAGAAAUUGGACAGUGUAUUUGUAGCUUAUGAAUCGGGAAAAGUGUUUGUCAUAUACAUUGGGGAUUUCAAAUUUGAGCCAUUAUUAAUUAAUUUAUCAAACUCAGGCCCAAUUAGUGCCUUUACUAAUAAUCCACGUCGAGAAAAUGUAUUCGCUUAUGGAGGAAAGGAGAAUGAUCUCCAAAUAGUUGAGCUUUACGAUGCUAAAGUGAAUAGUACAAUUUUCAAAAAGGAGGAUUAUAGGUUGGUUUUCAGUCCAAAGACAAUCUUUAAAGCAAAAAAUGUCAAAAAUGAUCACUUGAAUCUAAGAGUUCCGAUUUGGAUUACGAAUGUCUUGUUUUUUAGUGAUAAGAAAGAGGGUAGUUGCAAACACUACAAUCUCAUAACCUCAACACGAUAUGGACAAUUGAGGAUUUACGAUACAGCUCAUGGUAGAAGACCUAUUAAGGAUUUUCAAGUUGCAGAAAAACCUAUUGUAACAUUAACAUUUGCAAGUGAGGAGGAGAACGAGGUCAUUGUAACCGAUACGCAUAAUAUGAUUGCCAAGUAUUCCUUGACACAAAUCGAUGAUAAAGCUUUCAAAACAAACUCUGCUUCUGCGGGCAAUAUUAUCAAGCCUGUUCCAAAACUUUUAGGAAAAUUUACAGGAGGAAAUACAGGUGCAACUUUUGGUGUUCAAAUUCAUGAAGAAUUAGCUACCUUUGCUGGUCUUGAUAGAUAUCUUCGAGUUUUCGAUCUAGAUACUCGCCAGGUAUUGGCAAAAGUUUACUUGGGGGUUGAAGCUAGUUCUUUACUUAUUAUAGACGAUGAGGAUGAAGAAGAUGAGGAUCAAAAGCGAAAAAGAGAAGAGGAAGAAGCAGAAGACGAGCAAAUGUGGGAUCAACUAAACAAGAAACAAAAACAAAAAUAA